AUGGAUUCCCAGAUCAGCACCUGUGCCUUCGGGGAAGUAGCAGGAGCAGUGGCAGCUCUGGAUACUCUGAAUGGAGGCAUCACUGACACUGCUGAAACUCUGGAGGCCACAGUCCAGAGAGGACAGCUGGGAAGUUGGACAAUUGCCCUAUCGUUAACUAGCAGAAAGCAAACCAUCGUCUCUGACUUCCUGCUUCUGGGCUUCUCUGAGCACCAGGAACAGCAACCCCUCCUGUUUGGGCUCUUCCUGGGCAUGUACCUGGUCACCCUGCUGGGCAACCUGCUCAUCAUCCUGGCCAUUGGCUCUGACCCGCACCUCCACACACCCAUGUACUUCCUGGCCAACCUGUCCUUCGUGGAUACCUGCUUCACCUGCACCAUUGUCCCCAAGGUGCUGGUGAACAUCCACACGCAGCAGCACACCAUCUCCCACACUGGGUGCCUCCUGCAGAUGUACUACUUCAUGGCACUGGCCCUGCUGGAUGACUUCCUGCUGGCUGUCAUGGCCUAUGACCGCUACGUGGCCAUCUGCCUGCCUCUGCACUACACCAUGGUCAUGUGUCCCCAGCUGCUGGUGGCCACGUCCUGGCUCUGCUCCAUCCUCCUGGCCUUUUCAGCAGAUUUUGGAAUGGUGGCAUCUGUGAUAUACACAAUGGUCACCUCUAUGCUAAGCCCCUUUAUCUACAGCUUGAGGAACAAGGACCAGAUCAAUGUCAUCUCUGUCCUGGACUAUGAACAGGCCCCUGACUGGUCUCCCUUAAAUCCUUUCUACUCGCACACCAAUCAGAGUGAUCACUUGAAAGGGAUGAGCUCAGAGAAUGUCACCUGGGCCAGGGUUGCCCCUGUUGAAUUCAUCCUCCUGGGCAUCACGGAUCGCUGGGACCUGCGUGUGACCCUCUUCUUGAUCUUCUUGCCCGUCUACCUGGUGAGCCUGCUGGGAAACAUGGGCCUGGUGCUGCUGAUCCAUGGGAAUGCCCGGCUCCACGCCCCGAUGUACUUCUUCCUGGCCAACCUCUCCCUUCUGGAUGCCUGCUAUUCCUCAGCCAUUGGCCCCAAGAUGUUAGUGGACUUGCUGCUGCCCCGUGCCACCAUCCCGUAUGCAGCCUGUGCCCUCCAGAUGUUUAUCUUCGCGGGGCUGGCUGAUGCAGAGUGCUGCCUGUUGGCCGCCAUGGCCUAUGACCGCUAUGUGGCCAUCGGGAACCCGCUUCUCUAUACAACGGUUAUGUCACCACGUCUGUGCUUGGCCUUGCUGGGGGCAUCAGGCCUGGGAGGGGCAGUGAGUGCCUUUAUCCACACAACUUUCACCUUCCGCCUGAGCUUCUGCCGCUCCCGGGAGGUCAACAGCUUCUUCUGUGACAUCCCUCCACUACUGGCCAUCUCAUGCGAUGACACCAGUCUCAACGAAGUCCUCCUCUUCGCCGUCUGUGGCUUCAUCCAGACAGCCACGGUGUUGGCCAUCGCUGUGUCCUACGGCUUCAUCGCGGGGGCUGUGGUCCGCAUGCGAUCGGCCGAGGGCCGCGGGAGGGCAGCCUCUACCUGUGGCUCCCACCUCACAGCUGUGGCCAUGCUAUAUGGGACCCUCAUCUUCAUGUACCUGCGUCCCAGCUCCAGCUAUGCCCUGGACACAGACAAGAUGGCAUCUGUGUUCUACACCCUUGUCAUUCCAGCUCUCAACCCCCUCAUCUACAGCCUCCGCAACCAGGAGGUCAAGGAGGCCCUGAGGCGGACCCGGAGUCGAUUCUGCUGUCCAGAGAGGGGUACCAGGGACUGGUCCCAGGAGGCUGGUUAA